UCCCGCCGCCCCGCCCCGCCAUGCCGCGCGGGUUCCUCGUCAAGCGCAGCCGGCGCCCCGGCGGUUCCUACCGGGCUCGCCCGCGGGAGCGGGACCCAGACCGGGACCCUCCACCCGUCCCGCCGCCGCCCCUGCUGCCCACCGCCGGGGGCAGCCCCGCCGCCAGGCCUGGGGCGGAGGAGCAGGAGGAGGGCGAGGAGGAGGAGGGCGCUACCGCCGCCGCGUACCCCGCGACGUGGCCCCCCGGCGGUGGCGGCGGCCCUGGUCUGGCCCAGCCGGAGGGACCAGCCGCCUGGGGCACGGCGGGGCCCUGCAGCGCCGCAGGGCCGCGGGCAGCUCUCUUCGAGCGGUGCCUCAGCUCCCCCGCCUCCGCCGAGUCCUUCCCCCUCGCCGCCUCCUUCCCGCCCGCCGAGAAGCUGCUGCUGCAGCCCCGCACGCCUCUGCCCGUCCCGCCACCGCCGCCGGUGCCCGCGCUGAAGCGGCCGUCUCGGGCCAAGGCGCCGGCCAAGAAGGCCAAGGCCACGCGAAAGCUGAGCUUCGCCGACGAGGUGACCACCUCGCCCGUGCUGGGGCUGCGCAUCAAGGAGGAGGGUCCCGAGGGCAGGCCGGGGCCGCCGACGGGGCGCACGCCGCUGGGCGAGUUCAUCUGCCAGCUGUGCAAGGAGCAGUACGCGGACCCGCUGGCGCUGGCCCAGCACCGCUGCUCCCGCAUCGUGCGCGUCGAGUACCGCUGCCCCGAGUGCCACAAGAUCUUCAGCUGUCCCGCCAACCUGGCCUCGCACCGCCGCUGGCACAAGCCGCGGCCCGGCCCCAGCUCCGACUGCCCAGCCGCCGCCGCCGCCCCUCCGGGCAAGGAGAACAGCCCCGAGCGACGGCCCCGCGGCCCCGCCGCGCCCUCGCCACAGCCGCCGCCGCCGCCCCGUCAGCACCGCGGCGGCGCGGACAGCGCCAGCGGCGCCCAGGUUUCCCCCGGCCCCGCUCCCGGCCCCGUCGGGGAGGCGUUCGCCUGCCCCUGCUGCCAGAAGCGGUUCCGGCGGCAGGCCUACCUCCGCAAGCACCUGGGCACCCACGGGCCGGCGCGGCCCGCCGCCUACGGCCAGCCGGAGCGCGGCCAGGUCGCCUUUGCUUGCCACCUCUGCGGCGCCCGCUUCCCCUCGGCGGACAUCAGGGACAAGCACCGGCUGUGGCACGCCGUCCGGGAGGAGCUGCUGCUGCCGCCGCCGCCGGCAGGGCCCCCCGAGGGCGGCGCGGUGGGCGGUGAGCGGCAGGGCUUCCCCUGCAAGCACUGCCCCGCCACCUUCUUCAGCGCGCCCGGGCUGGCGCGACACGCGAGCAAGUGCCACCCGCCGGAGAGCAGGCAGGUCCUGCUGCUCCAGGUGCCCGUCCGGCCGGGCUGCUAGGAAUGCGUCUGCUCCGGGAGCCCGGGCGGGCCGAGCGAGUCCCGUCCACGCUGUAAUUCCUAUGGAAAGCCACGGCUACGACGGCCGAGGGGCCAUCCAAGGGCUUCUCUCUGCCCUCCCCUGUUGGCGGGUACCGGAGUUCGGCCCCGCGGCAGGAGGCUGAGCCGACAGGCGGCACUGUCGGGGCGGGCGGCAGCGCCC